UAUUUUUUUCUCAUACUUGCACCGUCUCUCCGAAUACAAGUAUAUUCGUGUUUCUGGGAGGCAUUUUAUCAAGCAGGUGGCGCGCCAGCGGAAUUUCAAUACGAAAUCAGUAAUGUGUAGAUGAACUCUAAAUCAAUCUGUUUGUACAAGCGUCUUCCCAUGAGGAACGCGCUUGUUUGCCUCAAACGACACCGUUUCGGCCUCUUCUCACCACCUAUACGAGAUGAAAAUGCUGUUGAGAACUUGCCAAUAAUUAUGUCGCUUGGUAGGCCUAUUAACCCUGCAUCUAGGAGGUGCUAUUCGACCGGGUUUUCUAGUGUGCAUGGUGAACGCCCUUCUGCUGAAUAUGCAAAGCUAAGGAAACAGUCACUAGAAAGUGAAUUUGGACAUGCAUUAAAUUAUAGCUCAAAACGUCUUUCAACAUUCUAUCGCUUUGGACCAUUUUUAGCUCUCUAUCGAGCUGCUAUUAUCUCAUAUUAUGCGGUGAAGUUAACCAUAUGGCAACUUUUUGUUCACGACGCUAAGAAGCGCUCUAUUAAGUUUCGUGAAACUCUGAUCCGCUUGGGACCUUUCUAUAUCAAGCUUGGGCAAGCUCUGAGCACAAGGCCGGACAUUAUGCCCCCUGUGUAUUGCCAAGAACUAGCAAAGCUACAGGAUCAAAUACCCCCAUUUCCAAAUCAUGUUGCUAUCCAGUCUAUUGAAUCUCAGUUAGGUGUUCCUGUUUCCCGUAUAUUUGCUGAUAUAAGCCCGGAGCCUGUUGCUGCAGCGUCUCUUGGACAGGUCUAUAAAGCUCACUUGCAAUCUGGGGAGCUGGUAGCGGUAAAAGUACAAAGACCUGGUAUGUCAGAAUCUUUGACCCUUGAUGCUUUGUUAUUCAACAUGGUGGGAGGCCAAUUAAAGCGAUUUGCAAAAGCGAGAAAGGACCUUCUUGUAGCCGUCAACGAAAUGGUGAGGCACAUGUUUGAAGAGAUUGACUACAUUCUAGAGGGACAAAAUGCGGAGCGUUUUGCUUCUCUCUAUAGUUAUAAGCCACGUAAUGAACAAAGGAGUUCAAAAAGAAAAAUCAGUGAUAGUGUGAAGUAUGAAAAAGAAAAAUAUGUGAAAGUACCAAAGAUUUAUUGGAAGUUGACCCGUAAGGCUGUGCUAACAAUGGAAUGGAUUGAUGGAAUAAAGCUUACCGAUGAGGCUGCACUUAAGAAAGCCUUUUUGAAUCGAAAAGAGCUGAUUGAUCAGGGUUUGUAUGCAUCUCUAAGGCAAUUACUUGAGGUAGGGUACUUUCAUGCUGACCCUCAUCCAGGAAAUCUUGUUGCUAUAAAGGAUGGAUCCAUUGCUUAUUUUGACUUCGGAAUGAUGGGAGAUAUUCCUCGCCACUACCGUGUUGGACUAAUCCAAGUACUUGUACACUUUGUUAACCGUGACUCUCUGGGUUUAGCAAAUGACUUUCUCUCUCUAGGGUUUCUUCCGGAAGGGGCGGACAUUCAGUUAGUUUCAGAUGCCUUGCGAGCAUCCUUUGGCGAUGGAUCAAGACAAUCUCAAGACUUUCAGAGCAUAAUGAAUCAGUUAUAUGAUGUUAUGUACGACUUUGACUUCUCGCUUCCUCCAGACUACGCGCUGGUCAUAAGAGCAUUGGGUUCACUUGAAGGGACUGCAAAAACGUUGGAUCCUGAUUUUAAAGUUGUUGAGAGUGCAUACCCUUUUGUCAUUGGGAGGCUUUUGGCUGAUCCACAUCCAGAUAUGAGGAAAAUACUAAGAGAGCUUAUUAUACGUAAUAAUGGUUCAAUCAGGUGGAAUCGGCUAGAACGAUUGGUAGAAGCAAUAGCUAAACAAGCAGGGCCUGUGGAGGAAACAUAUUCAAACCCUUUGGGAUGGAAGUCAUUUGACAUGCGGGCAGUAGUAUCUGCCACCGAAGAUCUUUUUCAAUUCAUAUUGAGUGACAAGGGUGCAAGAGUACGGGUUUUUCUUUUAAAAGACAUGAUUAAUGCGGCUGAUACUUUUCUUGAAGAUCAGGUACUGGCCUCGAUGUUCGAUACAAAUUACGAAGCUAGAGAAGCAUCUGAAUCAGAGGGGCAGGAAAUGCUGAAAAGAUUGGUGAAUGGAUUCAGAUAUCUAUAUCAAGCGAUCCUGCUGGCCCCAGAUGUAUGGGCAGCAAUGAUGAUCCGGUUGAGUCUUAAACCUGAGCUUCAUAGAUUUUUGUUUGAUAUUGUAUCUACUAUGUUAUCACGCUCUGGAGACAAAAUUCCACAAACAUUGUGGCUUUCAUUAUCCAAUUGUAUUAACAAGUUGGUAAAUAAAAAAUCUGGCUGAUUUAUAAUAUGAACUCUCUUACAUUCUCA